CGCCCACCAUGGACAUCCGCCUCCUCACCACGGCCGACCUGCCCCUCAUCCAGCACGCCAACCUGGAGAACCUGCCGGAAAACUACUUUCUCAAGUACUACCUCUACCACGCGCUGUCGUGGCCGCAGCUGAGCUUCGUGGCGGUGGACGUCUCGCGCCCGCGCAAGGGCGCCUACGACUACCCCAAGAUUGUGGGCUACGUGCUGGCCAAGAUGGAGGAGGAGCCGACGGACGGGGUGCAGCAUGGGCAUAUUACGAGCUUGAGCGUGAUGCGGACGCAUCGGCGGCUGGGGAUUGCGGAGAAGCUGAUGAGGCAGAGUCAGCUCGCCAUGGUGGAAACCUUCCAGGCCAAAUACGUCUCGCUCCACGUCCGCGUCUCCAACGUCGCCGCACGACACCUCUACGAAGACACGCUCAAGUUCCGCAACGAAAAGACGGAGAGCAAGUACUACGCCGACGGCGAGGACGCCUUCAGCAUGCGGCUCGACCUGGACGACAGCAAGACGAACGGCUCUGGUGCUGCGACUACUGCUGAGCUGCCGAUACGCAGCGAGGGCGUGGAUGAGGGCGAGGCGGUGGGCGAGGUUGGGAGGGAUCCCGAGGUGGGGGAUAAGGAGAAGAAGGUCAAGGUUGCGGUGGGGAGGGGAUUGGGAGUUGGGGAUUUGGUGGAGAAGGAUGAGACGAAGCAUUAAAUGGGCAGUUUUCUUCUCUUUUUCUUCUUCUCUUUUUUUUUUUUUUUUUUUUUCGUUUUCUUCUCUCUAAAAGCUGGGCUGUUGUUUGUGUAUAAAAAAAGUUGGGAUGCAUUUUUACGUUUAGAGGUUCGAUUUUUUUAUACUUGUGUGGUUUAUGUUUUAUAUCUUGUACUUUUCAAGGGAAGAAUGUCUCUUUUGUUUUCAUAUGGCUUGUCGGAUGUGAGAUUUGGGGCUUCGCUAUUGUACUCUAUGUUGUUAUUCUACGGGAACAAGACAUUGGGAGGGAGAGGAAUAGAUUAGAGAAAAAAAAGGAAUUGCCUAUGAAUCAAGAACGC